AUGUCGUCUCAAGAACAGACUCAGGCCCCACAAUUCGGCGAGGAGAGAAAGAUCAGAGUAUUUGGAAGCAGGAACGGUCGGCUACAGACCGACUGUGAUGAUAAAGACGGACGUAUUGCUCUGAAGAUCGCCUCUCUAUUUGGCAACGCAGACAUUGUGCAAAAUCUCCUAGAAGAACGAGCCCUGAUCAACAGUAUGAGUGAUAGAAGUAGCUUUAUGCAGCAAACCCUUGCGGCGAUGCACUUCCAAAGAGCCUUUUCUUCCCUUGUGCCUUCGGGGGAGCCAGCUCGAGCGCAGCUCUUGGCCUUGGUGGCUGGAUGCACGCCACUGAUAUGUGCCGCAGAAGGGGGCCAUACAGCUGUGGUUCAGAUGUUGUUGGAGAACGGCGAGGACGUUAACGAAAGAGAUACGACUGAAAAGGAACGGUCACCGAUUCAUUUGGCCGCCUUAAAUGGGCAUGUAGAGGUCGUCAAGCUUUUACUGGAGAGGGGGGCCAAUGUCGAGGCGCAAGAUAUGAACAUGAACACGCCGUUGUGUCUAGCCGUUGCGACGUGUCAAGCCGCGGUGGUAGAUUUGCUCCUGGAGUACAAUGCCAAAGUCAAUGUCAGGAACUCUGAAGGCCGAACCCCACUAGCUAUUUUGGUCACUGCCGCACCUGAAGGGCAAGGAACCACGGCGUGGAGGAUCAUCAUGCAGCGUCUGAUUGCAGAUGGAAGUGACCUGGAGGCGCGAAUUGAAUCGAGCGGCUACACUCCACUGAUCCUAGCUGCGUCUCAUGACCGUAUCGAUAUUAUAGAGCAGUUGCUAGAGGCCGGGGCUAAUACUGAGGCCCGGAAUUCCAACCACUACACAGCACUGUUUGAAGCUGUAUUCAUGGGAAAUCCAAGAAUGGUGGAGCUACUCCUAGACCAUAAAGCCAAGCCUGUUACUCUUGACAAGGAACAGGAGACGCCUCUGGGUUAUGCAGUCGCACUCGGUAGUAACCCACCCGUCUUCUGGAGGAAGAGCGAAACCUUCGACAUGCCAGGAGUUGUGGACGUGCUCCUGAAAAGCAAGCCGGACUUACUGUUAAUGAGGAAUACAUUGGGACAAACUCCAGCAGGGAUAGCUAUCUACCACGGUAACUCAGAGAUGGUGGAGCUGCUGCUCAGAUAUUCAAAUAGCAACACUGAGCAGGGAAUACUCCACAUGCCGCUUUUGUGUCAAGCUGCGCUGGAGAGUAACGAAGCUAUGAUAGAGGUUUUGAUCCAGGGAGGCGUAUCUCUCCUAGGAACAGACGGCCGCUACGGGCGUAAUGCUCUUUCUUGGGCGGCCAGCCGUGGCAAUAAGGCUGCAUUUACGCGACUGUUGCAGGCUCCUGGAUGUGGAUGGGACAAUGUGGACCGAAUAGGCAGGACCGCACUUUUCUAUGCCGUCGUCGAAGGUCAUACGGGCUUUUUCGAAGAACUCAGAUCACGUGGCGGCGACAUUCAUCGCCCAGAUCGAUUUGGCCUCACGCCUUUGUUCGCGGCCGUUCAACAUGGUCAUUGUAAUAUCGUACAGCAGAUUCUCGAGACCCAUCCGCUCAACCAUGAACCCCAGGAUCGCUUUGGUCGCAGUCUAACGUGGUGGAUACAAUUAACGGGUCAUACCCAGAUGCGAGACCUUUUGACUGGUUACGGCAUGCAGCUAAGAGAUGAUGGACAGGGACAACAGGGCCGGUACCAGCUUGGGGUGGGAUCUAAUAAAGCUACACAAACAUGUGAUGCCUGCACCAUGAGCCUUUCUCGGGAUAAUCGGGGCGUUGUAUGUGGUGAUGGAAUCGAGAAAUAUAGAAUAUGCCACAUCUGUUGCGCGUUUGGCGCCACUUGCGAGGAUUUCAUGAGGAAAUAG